GCGCAGACCGAGAGUGUGAGUGUGUGCGGUGCAGCGGCAGCUCGUGCUCUCGGCAGCAGAAGGACAAUCAACCCUCAAACUCACCAACAAAACCGAACCAGCAGCCACUUCCAGGACCACGGCUUGAACUGCAGUCGGUACACGGCACGUGCCAUCCCUUUUUUUUUUAAGGAACCGACAACAACAAAAAAACAAGAACAGCAACUUAACGUUGUUAAGUGAAAGUAAAGAUUAAACCCGCGGCACAGGUAAUCAGGCGGUCAGUCAGUUUCUCAGUGAGUCAGUCGGGAGAAUGGCAGACUCGGCGGCGGCCAACAGUGACGGGGAGGACGGACCCCGUCCGCCCAUGCGGGGCUUCGCUCGUCAGGGAGCCCUCCGUCAGAAGAACGUGCACGAGGUGAAGGACCACAAAUUUAUCGCGCGCUUCUUCAAGCAGCCCACUUUCUGCAGCCACUGCACCGACUUCAUCUGGGGUUUUGGCAAACAGGGAUUCCAGUGUCAGGUGUGUUGUUUUGUGGUUCACAAACGUUGCCAUGAGUUUGUCACUUUCUCGUGUCCAGGAGCCGAUGCAGGACCUGCAUCAGAUGACCCGAGAGCAAAGCACAAGUUUAAGAUCCACACCUACUCCAGCCCGACGUUCUGUGAUCACUGUGGCUCUCUGCUCUAUGGCCUCAUACAUCAGGGCAUGAGAUGUGAACAUUGCAUGAUGAACAUCCAUAAGCGCUGUGUGGCCAACGUGCCGAGCCUGUGUGGAACAGACCACACUGAGAGGAGAGGUCGCCUCCAGAUCACUGCUGAAGUCAAGACUAAUGUACUCACUGUUACCAUCAAAGAGGGUAGGAAUCUGGUUCCCAUGGAUCCCAACGGUCUCUCAGACCCGUAUGUGAAGCUCAAACUGAUUCCAGACCCUCGCAGCGAGAGCAAACAGAAGACCAAGACCAUAAAGUGCUGCCUCAACCCGACCUGGAACGAGACCUUUAAAUUCCACCUGAAGGAGUACGAUAAGGACCGCCGUCUGUCAGUGGAAGUGUGGGACUGGGAUCUGACCAGCCGCAACGACUUCAUGGGAUCGCUGUCGUUCGGCAUCUCAGAGCUCCAGAAGCUAGGAGUGGACGGAUGGUUUAAGUUGCUCUCCCAGGAAGAAGGCGAGUAUUUCAAUGUUCCCGUCGCUCCAGAGGGGGAGGAGGGCAACGAGGAGCUGCGGCAGAAAUUUGAGAGAGCUAAGAUUGGUCCGGGCAAGAACGCGGAGGGCAAGUCGGCCAAUGCGGCAUCCCGCUUCGACUCCAAUGGCAACCAAGAUCGGAUGAAGCUGUCUGACUUCAACUUCCUGAUGGUGCUGGGAAAGGGCAGCUUCGGCAAGGUGAUGCUGGCUGAACGUAAAGGCACAGAGGAGCUGUACGCAAUAAAGAUCCUAAAGAAGGACGUGGUGAUCCAGGACGAUGACGUGGAGUGCACCAUGGUGGAGAAGAGAGUGUUAGCGUUGUCUGGAAAGCCCCCGUUCUUAACGCAGCUGCAGUCCACCUUCCAGACCAUGGACCGUUUGUAUUUUGUCAUGGAGUACAUAAACGGCGGAGAUCUCAUGUAUCAGAUUCAGCAGGUCGGCAAGUUCAAAGAGCCGCACGCUGUGUUCUACGCUGCAGAGAUAGCUAUUGGUCUGUUCUUCCUUCAUCUAAAGGGAAUCAUCUACAGAGACCUGAAGCUGGACAAUGUGAUGCUGGACUGUGAGGGCCACAUUAAGAUCGCAGACUUUGGCAUGUGUAAAGAAAACAUAAAUGACGGAGUCACCACCAAGACUUUCUGUGGGACACCAGACUACAUAGCUCCUGAGAUCAUAGCGUACCAACCUUACGGUAAAUCUGUGGACUGGUGGGCCUUUGGAGUUCUGUUGUAUGAGAUGCUCGCUGGCCAGCCUCCAUUUGACGGUGAAGACGAGGAUGAGUUAUUUCAGUCAAUCAUGGAGCAUCACGUCUCCUACCCAAAGUCGAUGUCCAAGGAGGCUGUCGCAAUCUGUAAAGGGCUGAUGACGAAACAUCCAGCGAAGCGUCUGGGCUGUGGUCCAGAGGGCGAGAGAGACAUCAGAGAGCACAGCUUCUUCCGCUACAUGGACUGGGAGAAACUGGAGAACAAGGAGGUUCAGCCACCGUUCAAACCCAGAGCUAGGAACCGCCGGGACACCUGUAACUUUGACAAGGAGUUCACCAAGAUGCCGGUGGACCUGACGCCAACAGACAAGCUCGUCAUCAUGAACCUGGACCAGGACGAUUUCCUCGGCUUCUCCUACACCAACCCGGAGUACGAGGCUCCUGCGAAUUAACGCACACCGCGUCACACUGCUGGACUCUGGAUGAAGGCGUUAGAUGUUUCUGAAAAACUAGCACUAAAAUAACACAUUUCUGUUUGUGUGUGUGUGUGUUCGCUAAAUGUCAACGUUACUUUUUAGGCCACAUCGGAGUCUGAGUCCAAUACUUCAUCACAAGGAAAGGUAUCACUGCACUAUAACUUGACAACAUGGGAUACCAAAGAUUUUGAAGUAUUGUUUGAAACAUUGUUUGGAGGGGAAAAGGCUUAUCGUUUUACAAAAUAGUUUUCUUAGUUUGGUGCUCUGUUUGUUAUCUUGUCCCGCUGGAAUCCGGCAAACAACUACUGUCAGUAUUUUUACAGGAUGCUCUGUAUUACAUUGUCACACAUACAGUAUAUUAUUAUUAUUAUUAUGUGUCGUAAAUACAUUCUGUAGGCAAUUUAACCACGGACUUAAGUAGAUUCACUGUCAAAAGCAGCAGAGCUAAUACGAGAUUGAAUCGACCGUAAACCACUGUACUGUAACCUGAAGCAAGUGCAGCCGGUGCCGCAACGUAACCAUGAAACUAUUUAUCUGGAUAUUUGCAACUUGCCAAAUUAACAACAUGUCCUUCCUGCAUUAACAGAACAGUAAUGGGGGGGGGGAAUUAAAAUUUCCAUUGAAACUACUUUGCUGUUGCAGGUCAGAUGUGUAUAAAAGAAACAUUAUUUCUAGGAAACAGGAUCACUUCUCUGCUGUUGUGUAGUUUAAUUUCAUUUUUUUAUGACUAGCCUCUUAAUAUUAUCUUGUGCCGAAUGCAAUAAAACACUGGGGUGACGAAAACGACGAACAAACGUGGGAGAUCCUGCCGUUUGAGAAUGUCUUUGAUUUUGAUCAUGUGCAGGAUAAUCUGAAAAAGCUGACAUUCACUGACAUAUCAUGAUGCCAAGACUUGCAUAAAAGUAAAUAAAAAUGCAUUUCCUGAAAGCUAACAAACUGCAUCUACUGUACAACAUAAGUGUCUUAAGUGUAGUAAACAGGCUUUUAUUCCUCUUAAGUGCAGUAAAUAGUUACCUUAAAGGUCCAGUGAGUGAGAUUUAGGUGAAAUGAUUUUCCAUUUGGAAGAAGUAGAAUAUAAAAUAAUGAUACUAAUGUUUUGUUGUCUUCAUUACCACAGGAUUUGCCCUUUAUAUUUACACCAAAGCAGGUUCAUAUUAUGCUUGGAAGAGAGGGGUGAGGUGAUAAAUAUUCAGCUGCAACACGCGACCUGCCAAAUCCGACACACUGUACCUUUAACAUGCACCGUGAGGAGUUUUGUUUACCAGUUACAUGUGUGUGUCUUGACCAUUGUUGCCUGUAACAACCAAGUCUGUAUACUGUCACAGAGUGAGCGUCUCACACUGGGCCAUCAAAGAGGAAUAGGACUAAUAGGCAAACGUCACAGCCUGUCAAAGCUUUCUUUUGGUUCUUGCCUUCCUCUUUCUCCCUCUCUGUCCCGCUGUUGUCUUUUAUUUUUCUGUACUUCUGACAAGGCCACACUGGGAGCCCGGUAUGACGCCGUGUCACAGGGUUGGCAAUGCAGCAGUGGCCAGUGGAGCAUGCACACGCGCUGUGCAGAUGCACACGCUCUGUGAAUGAGGGACCUGCUCUGACAGCCCACGACGGAGCAACCUCACAAACUGCAACUCUGCUUUUCUCAAUUAUUUUUCUUUGCAAAUCCUUACCCAAAUCUGUGUGUGUGGUUGUGUGUGUGUGUCCUUGGAAGGAAACAUGUGCAUAGGUGUGUAUGCAUGUAUGGAUGGAUGUAUCAGCUGACAAUAUCUAUAUGUUAGAAGGUGUGUGUGCGUGUGUGUGUGUGUGUGUGUGGGAGAGAGCAAGAGAAAUGAUUUAAAAUUCUGCUUAAAUUCUGCAAAUCUGCCCUUCCACUUUCAAACCACAUUAUAUUGCCUAUAAUGCCAACGAGCUCAGUGUACCACACACACACACAUGCACUCAGCAAUAUUGUCUAAUCCAUGACUGAGGGUUGGAAUUAUUAGGUGAAGCGUAACAAGGCGGACAAUGACUGUGAAAUGUUUGCUCCUGGAGGCACACAAGACAUAUACUGUAGGUCCAUUACACAGGCCUAGAUUUUCUCUUUAGUCGACUCACACAGUAUUCUCUCCUGCAUACUAUACGCGGCAGUACACGUACGCAUAUAUACAUAUAUAUAUUGUACAUAUUUAUAAACGACUAUAGUUGUAUAUCAUUCAGGUCAAGGGUGUAAAUACAGUACGUCCUAAAGUUAAUCACGCCUACUCUUAACCCUGAAGCAUCUACAAGCACUCUACAACUGUGUCCCCCUGUGUGUGUGUG